AUGGCGGCAGACUGCCCAAGCAGCAUGGCGGCAGACUGCCCAAGCAGCAUGGCGGCAGACUGCCCAAGCAGCAUGGCGGCAGACUGCCCAAGCAGCAUGGCGGCAGACUGCCCAAGCAGCAUGGCGGCAGACUGCCCAAGCAGCAUGGCGGCAGACUGCCCAAGCAGCAUGGCGGCAGACUGCCCAAGCAGCAUGGCGGCAGACUGCCCAAGCAGCAUGGCGGCAGACUGCCCAAGCAGCAUGGCGGCAGACUGCCCAAGCAGCAUGGCGGCAGACUGCCCAAGCAGCAUGGCGGCAGACUGCCCAAGCAGCAUGGCGGCAGACUGCCCAAGCAGCAUGGCGGCAGACUGCCCAAGCAGCAUGGCGGCAGACUGCCCAAGCAGCAUGGCGGCAGACUGCCCAAGCAGCAUGGCGGCAGACUGCCCAAGCAGCAUGGCGGCAGACUGCCCAAGCAGCAUGGCGGCAGACUGCCCAAGCAGCAUGGCGGCAGACUGCCCAAGCAGCAUGGCGGCAGACUGCCCAAGCAGCAUGACAGCAGACUGCCCAAGCAGCAUGACAGCAGACUGCCCAAGCAGCAUGACAGCAGACUGCCCAAGCAGCAUGACAGCAGACUGCCCAAGCAGCAUGACAGCAGACUGCCCAAGCAGCAUGGCGGCAGACUGCCCAAGCAGCAUGGCGGCAGACUGCCCAAGCAGCAUGGCGGCAGACUGCCCAAGCAGCAUGGCGGCAGACUGCCCAAGCAGCAUGGCGGCAGACUGCCCAAGCAGCAUGGCGGCAGACUGCCCAAGCAGCAUGGCGGCAGACUGCCCAAGCAGCAUGACAGCAGACUGCCCAAGCAGCAUGACAGCAGACUGCCCAAGCAGCAUGACAGCAGACUGCCCAAGCAGCAUGACAGCAGACUGCCCAAGCAGCAUGACAGCAGACUGCCCAAGCAGCAUGAUGGCACAAAAGACAAGCUCGAGCGAACAAGCCCGCGUGAAAGCAGACAUAUAUUUAAGACCGUCUUGA